AAACAGCUGACAGCUAGUUGUAAACAGAUAAACAGCCAGAAAGUCGCAAGCGUUAAAUGCAUUAGUGAUAAAGAUGACGCCGCCGCCGCCGCUGCCACCAGCAGAUGCAACAAAGCCACAACAACAGCAGCCACCACCACCAAUGGGUCAAACCAUUGCACCCACUGGCGCCUUUCCAGGUUCACUCACACCCGGAUGGAAUGAUCCGCCGCCAAUCAGCAGCACGGACGGCACGAGCAACGCCAGCAAUCGACGUCCUCGUCUCGAUCUGCGCAAACGCGUCGCCCAUCCCAUGAACGGAAACGAAAACGGGAAUGGAAAUGAGGGCAAUCAAUCCCAAAACAGACAAUUGCCACCGCCACUCUGAUCUGGCAACGCUCUUCGUCGGAAUUAAAUGUAACUUGUGAUUCCCUGAGAAUUCUUUAACACCCCAACAAUAAUAGACACAUAGAUCGAAAACAAAAUGUAUUUUUAUAUAUAUAUACACACAUAUGUACAAUGGUCGAUAUAUACGGACUACGAAUUUGCAUAAGGGAUUCGAACAGAACAGAACAGAAACAAAUUAAAUCAAUUCCCCAUUUGAAA